AACACCAAAGGCUUCGUGGGCAUGAGUCUGACUGUGUUUGUGCUGGACUUAAAACUCACAACGAUAGAAGGCAACACACACACACACACACACACACACACACACUCGUCCAGUGCUUUGUGGUGUUAUUUGACAGCGCAUUUUUACGCAGAAGGUGUGUGUGUGGUUAUUCUUGCGCAAGAGCGGCUCAUACACCCCUUCCAGAGGACAGAGCUCAGUGGAGCUAGGCAGAAGAGCAAUUUGGAUUUUGAUCACACUGAAGAUGGGCUUUUAGUGAACAAGCCCUCUUCCCUAAAGACGUAGUGGCGUUUGGAGAGGAUGACAGCACACUUUGCGCAAGUCACCGGAGCGCAAGAAUGUCUCCAAACCAGACGUUUUCUGUUAAACGUGAAACGGGAGAGACCACGGGGAUUUGAAACUGUUUGAGUUGGAGAUUUUAAUGCUUAUAUUUUAUUUUUAUAGAUAAGGGAAAUGCUGCAAGGUCUCAGAAUUGUGUGUUUGGUGCCAAUUCACCCGAUUUACCUGCGCACCAUUAAAACUCAAGUCAGUUUUCUCCAAAUGAAGUGAAACUUAUGGACUUCUGCUCUUAACAAAAUUGUUACUUAUAUGUGUGUGCAUCACUUUUUCUUUUGCAUUUUUACACUGAUGCUAAAAGAGAUGUGAACACCUCCAUGGAAUUGUACCACAAGGCUUUGGAGUAUGAAGUUUAUAUUGGGACUUAAAUUAAAUUUUUUUUUUUUUAAGUAAUUCAACUUCUUUUCUGACACCAGCAAAGCACUCAACGGAAUAAACUUUCUUUUGAUGAUUAUUAUUUAUUUUUAAGGUAAACACCCAUCUAGGACCUAAAAAUCACUGGCUCUGAUCAGUUUUUUUCAAUACAACGUGGAGGGAUUGGGCUUUUGUAGACCAUUUCUAGCCGGUUACUGUUUUCCCGUCAAUAUUGUUCUUCUGGACCCAGAGGUGGCUCCGCAGUGGUGUUGCGGCUCCUCGUCCGCGGCGGAUCCGGAGAUCGGAGUGUCUGCGGCGGCAGGAGGCGGAAGCCCAGCAGUACCACAGGGUCCUAAAAGCGCUCGAGUAAAGAGGAUGGUGCGACUGGCUGCGGAGCUGCUGUUGCUGUUGGGACUCCUUCUUCUGACUUUACACAUCACGGUGUUGCGGAGCAGCCCGCUUCAGCAGGGGAAUGACACUGUGAUCGCGGAGCAGGACUCGCAGGUGGCAAAGAAUAAUGUCAAUGCAGAGACCAGCUCCUCCGUUCAACUUGGGCUUGGUGGCAGAGAGUCCAGUGUGUCUCAUAGUCCAGCGUCUAAGCCCUGGCCUCACAGUCAUGGGACAGGUGGCAGCCUGCAGAGAGACGGCCCAGGAGCUUUUCUGUUGGACCUGCAGAACUUCCCUGAUCUUUCCAAAGCUGACAUAAAUGGGCAGAACCCCAACAUACAGGUUACCAUCGAAGUGGUGGACAGUCUGGAAGGUUCUGAGACAGAGAAGGGAAUACGUAAAGAAAACAAUCCAGGCCGGGCAGCUUCCAACUGGAGGAACUGGUGGCAGCAUUCCUCUUCCUCAUCUGCAUCCUCGUCCUCUGUGUCCACACCGAAGGGGCCUGAUGAACAGGACUACCCCUAUGAGAGCAACACAGAGGAUAGCAACUUCCUCAAACCGUUGGGAGACUGGGGGAGAAGAGGGGCAGCUGGCACAGGAAGCAGAACCCAGGCUGAAUAUGACUACAUAGAUGGGGAAGGUGACUGGAGUGGUUGGUCGCCAUGCAGCGUAACUUGUGGAAAUGGCAACCAGAAGCGGACCAGGUCAUGUGGCUACGCCUGCACCGCCACAGAGUCAAGGACUUGCGAUAUGCCCAGCUGCCCAGGGAUUGAAGAUGCCUUCAAGACAGCUGCAACAGAAGUCAGUCUGCUCGCUGGCACUGAGGAGUUUAAUGCAACAGAGCUCUUCGGAGUGGAUACAGACAGUUGUGAGCGUUGGAUGAAUUGCAAGAGUGAGUUCCUCAAGAAAUAUAUGAGUAAAGUGGCCAGUGACCUACCCAGCUGCCCCUGCUCAUACCCAACCGAGGUGGCCUACAGCACUGCAGAUGUCCACGACCCCACAACGAGGCGCAACUUCCGCUGGAAGGAUGCCAGUGGGCCAAAGGAGAAGCUAGAGAUCUACAAACCCACUGCACGAUACUGCAUCCGCUCCAUGCUCACUCUGGAAUCCACUACGCUUGCUGCCCAGCACUGCUGCUAUGACGAUAGCAUGAAGCUCAUUACCCGAGGCAAAGGAGCUGGCACACCUAACCUCAUAAGCACAGAGUUCUCUGCUGACCUGCACUACAAGGUGGACAUCCUGCCAUGGAUCAUCUGCAAGGGUGAUUGGAGCCGUUACAACCAGGCUCGGAUACCCAAUAAUGGGCAGAAAUGUGCAGAGAUUCCCCAGGAUGAGGACUACUACAAACAGUUUGAGGAGGCCAGAGAAUUCUGAGUUGAAGAUGCCUUGAAACGUCCACAAACAGGAGCAGAACUAAGUAGAAAUAAGUGUUAUUGGACAAAAUAUGGGAGAACUGUGGCUGUGUGUUUGAACGAGACUUGCUAUGAGAAAAAGACAUUACAAUAGCAGGCACAGGCAGAAUCCCAUCUUGGCCCUCGUAUUGGUCUCCCUCAGAAUCUCUGGAUGCUCUUUGCAUAGUUUGAAAGUGUCUUCGUGAAAGGAACUCACAAGAUAAUAAACAAGUUAACUCUUCAUGGUUCUCUUUGUAUUGUUUAUACAGUAUGUAUGACUUGGGGCAUUUCAACAUAUUUGCCAUUCUGUCUGAUUUUUUUUAUUUGUUAUUAUUUGGAAUAAAAGGGAAAAUCUAUAUUUCAUAAAGGGACAGUGUGUCAGGAAUUGCCAUGCUACUUUUUGUGUGCUGUGUAAAAUUAUGGACACAAAG